AUGAGUAACAAGUCAGUCAGCAGUAGUGUCAGUGGUGGUGGCGGUUGUCGAACUUUGUUACGAUUGCGUCCUGUUGAUUGGCUUGAAGAGGCUGAUCGACAGCUCUACUUGACAGCACCAAGUAGCGGCACUACUAACGAUUGUCGACAACGUCGUCGCAUCGAUUUUGUACUUGUCUAUAGUCUUGGAGUUCGUGAUUCAGCAUUAAAUAAACAACGUCGACAAGCAUUUCAACGUAAACUGGAAUCAGUUGGUUUUGAAAUUGAAGAACAAGAUAUUGUUGGAGCAUUGGAGUCGAGACAUGAUAAUGGUGAUGAUGAUGAAAAUAAUCAAGUAACUGCCAAUGGUCUAUUUAAUCGUCAUAAGCGUCUAUCUAGUCAACCAAAACGUCAAUCUGUCAAACGUUUUGUUCGUCUUCACGCACCGUUUGAACUUCUGCUUGAAUUAGCCGAAAAAACACGAAUGAAAUUACCCAUAGAAGAAAAUCGAACGCCCUGUGUUCCAAAAAGGCCGUUUGAUUUUUUAAUGUCAUGGAUACCAUUUACACAAAUUGAUCGUACAAUGUUUUCACCUGAACAACAUUAUUUUCUUGCUGAAUAUGAUAAAACAUUAAGAUAUCGAUUUGAACCAUUGUUUGAUACUCUUCGUGGCAAUUUACGUGAUAUGUAUUUUACACCAGCUCAACGUAGCCGUCUUGUUUACGACUGCUUAUUGAGAACACCAUUUGAUACGACUACAGGAAUUGAAGAGCAACAAAUUUUGCAUGGCACAGGCGAUGCGAAAGAAAGACGUGUGCUGGAAUUAGAAAAAAUAUUUACUGGAUUUUCAACAAGUUCUGGUAUUGAACUUCUUCUUCGUGAUCAAGUUUAUGAUGAUUGUUAUCCUUUACAUGCACCAUUAUUAAAAAAUAUUGAACCACAUAUGAUUCCAUCUUGGAUAAUGACAAAGGGUGAACAUCGGAAUACAUUUGAUCGAAUGAAAUUAUGGUGGCAUUGGAGUCGGAUAAGUAAUGCUUUCAAAGAGCAACCGAUUAGCCAUAUCAAAGAUUAUUUUGGUGAACAUGUUGCAUUAUAUUUUUGUUGGCUACGAUGGUAUAUUCAAAUGUUAUUACUUCCAUGUUUACUUGGUCUUUCAGUUUUUUUCUAUGGUCUUUGGGCAGUAAAACACGAUGUACCCACCAAUGACAUUUGCCAUAAUUUGGCAGAUACAGUUAUGUGUCCGAGAUCUCACCGACAAUUAUGGAGAUUAGGUGAAGAUUGUCUUUAUGCAAAGAUGGCAUUUUUAUUUGAUAAUAAAGCAACUGUUGCUUAUGCAGCCAUAGUAACUGUAUGGUCAGCUCUAUUUCUUCCAGCUUGGGAUGUUGCAGAAUAUCAAUUUCAAUAUGAAUGGGAUACAUUUGAUUUAAUCGAUGGUGGAUAUGGAGUCAGUGGUUUAGACGAACCACGACCAGAUUUCAAACGUAAAGUACGAACAACACGUAUUAAUCCAAUAACUGGUAUCGUCGAACAGUAUAUGCCUGCUAGAGAACGAUUUGCAAAAACUGUAUCAUCAUUUUCUAUUGUUGCAAUGAUGAUUUGCCUUGUUCUAAGUUUUGUUUUCGGUGUUGUACUUUAUCGAAUAAGUAUUAAAGCGGCUAUCAGUUCAACUCGUACACCUGAAUUUGUUCGUCGUUAUUCUCCGCACGUUGCUUCAAUAACUGGUGCAAUAAUUAAUCUUAUUGUUAUCAUUGCACUAAGUUCAUUGUAUGAACGAUUAGCUAUAUGGUUAACAGAUUAUGAAAUUCAUCGCACGGAAAAAGAUUAUGAAAAUGCAUUAACAUUAAAAAUGUUUUUAUUUCAAUUUGUUAACUUUUAUGCAAGUAUUUUCUAUAUUGCAUUUAUUAAACCAUGGUUCACUAAUCCGCCUGGCGUCGAAAGUUAUAAAAUAGGAAAAUAUAAAACCGAAGAAUGUGAAGCUAGUGGAUGUCUUGCUGAACUAUCUAUUCAAUUAUUAGUUAUACUUGUUGGUAAACAAGUUAUCAAUAAUUUAUUUGAAAUCGGCAUGGUAAAAUUUUGGACUUUUUUUCGUAAAAUACUUAUUCAUAGAAAUGCAUUUAAACAAAUGAGAUAUCGUCGUCAUCAUACGCUUCAUUGGUAUAGUAAAAGACCACAAGAAGAAGAUUUUAUGUUAGAAAGAUGGACAACAACGACUCUUUUCUAUGAAUAUCUUGAAUUGAUUAUUCAAUAUGGAUUUGUUACAAUGUUUCUUGUUGCCUUUCCACUUGCUCCACUAUGUGCUUUUCUGAAUAAUAUCGUUGAAAUUCGAAUUGAUGCAAAUAAAUUCGUGUCCGAUGUACGUCGGCCAGUCGCUAAAAAAGUAGCUGAUAUUGGUAUUUGGCGUUUAAUCAUAGCUGCAAUAUCAAAAUUAGCUAUUCUAACAAAUGGUUUACUUAUAGCAUUAACAUCGGAUUUUGUGCCUCGUCUUGUAUAUCAAUAUUCUCGAAGUCAAAAUCGAACAUUGGUUAAUUAUGUAAACUUUACAUUAUCAGCAUAUGAAAUCAAUCGUCUUGCACCAUCAUCAAUACAGGAAUCUAAUACCACUAGUAUUUAUUGCUUUUUUAAGGAUCAUCGUACACCACCAUGGGAUUCUAAACCAUAUCAAACCAAUCAUGAUUAUUAUGUUAUAAUGGUAGCACGCCUUGCUUUUCUCAUUGUAUUUGAGCACGUUGUUUUCGUAUGUUUGAAAAUGGGUGAAGUGUUAAUGCCAUUAUUAUCAAAAAAUGUUAAACAACAAAUAGCAAGAAAAAAUUUUAUGGUUCAAACUAUGCAUUGGGGAGCACGUUUAUAUGAGAAAAAUCCUGAGUUAAUCGAACGUGACAUGCAGCGCAUUGUUGAUUUGAACCCUCAACAUCGACAAUCAAACGGUGGCUAUGAACUUAUUUACGAUGUUAGACGAACGAUUCGACCGCCGCAACCUCCAUCACGAACUGAACUACAAGAUGAAUAUCGACGUCCAGUUUCAUUUAAAGAAAUGAAAGCAGAUUUAGCACGUGCUCUGCAUACUAUCAUAUCAGAGGAUAUCAUUGAUUUAGGUAUUCGAUAA